AUGGGGAGCACUUUUCCUGAGCGAAAAUAUGACAUCCACCAUCAGUGGCCAACCCCACACGCAAAACAAGCUUUGCAAUCAUGGAGCAAGUUCAACUCUCAUAUCAAAGCCGGCAUUAUCCAAAUAGACGGCCAAACAUUGGACUUGGCAGCUGUGGUUGCUGUUGCAAGGAACGGUGUACGAUUGGCCCUCUCUGAGGACCCCAGCGUCAUCCGGCGAGUUGAAGCGAGUGUUGAGACCCUACAAGGCUAUCUCUCGAAGGGAUAUUACCUCUAUGGCGUCAACACCGGGUUUGGCGGCAGCGCCGACACCCGCACCCCAGACUUAUACGGAUUGCAGCGAGCGUUGAUGCAGCUCACUCAAACCGCUGUUCUGACCCAGGAAGACAAAACAGACUGCCUGAGUAGCCAUGAAUAUCUCGAAUCGCACAGUAUGCCAAGUGCAUGGACAAGAGCUAUGACAGCUAUUCGCUGCAACGCAAAUAUUCGCGGUCACUCGGCUAUGACUCGCAACAUUGUCGACUCGAUGAUCAAGCUCUUAGACAACGACAUUGUGCCCAUUGUUCCCCUGCGAGGCUCCGUCUCCGCGUCCGGGGAUUUGAUGCCUCUGUCAUAUCUUACUGGAACCAUUCAGGGAAGCCCAGAUGUUUUUGUUCGUGUUGGAGGUCUCAAGGGAGCCCCUCGUGUCAAGUCAGCGCAGCAAGCCCUCUACGAAGCUUCCAUUGAGCCCAUUGUCUUAGGUCCAAAGGAGGGCUUGUCAAUGAUCAACGGAACUGCUGCUGCCGCUGCCGUGGCUAGCCUGGGUCUUUAUGAAGCCAACCAGCUUGCACUCAUCUCGCAGUUGCUGACUGCCCUUUUGUCCGAGGCUCUCUAUGCCAACAACGAAUGGGCCCACCCGUUCAUUGCUGCAGUACGCCCACAUCAAGGUCAAAUCGAGGCUGCUCAGAACAUUCGAACUUUCCUGAGGGGCUCACGACUUUCAUAUGGCCUGGAGCAGACCAAAGACCGCUUCUCCGAAGGAAUGGCCCAGGAGCGGUAUGCGCUGCGCAGUUCCCCGCAAUGGCUCUCGCCACAGCUAGAGGACCUCCUCAGUGCCGAGAAGCAGCUUGUAACAGAGCUCAACUCUACCUCUGACAACCCGGUCGUCAACAGUGAAGAUAAUGACAUUCAUUGUGGGGCCAAUUUCCAGGCUGCAGCAGUAACAUCGGCCACAGAGAAGGUUCGUUUGGCUUUGCAGUCAAUUGGCAAGAUGCUAUUCAGCCAGGUCAGCGAGGUGAUCAAUCACGACUUGAGCAAUGGCCUCCCGCCAAAUUUGGCUGCCGAUGAUCCUAGUUGCUCAUUCUGCCUGAAGGGAAUUGACAUUGACACCGCUGCUUAUACAUCCGAACUGGGAUUCCUGGCCAACCCAGUCAGUAACCACGUGCAGUCGGCCGAGAUGCACAAUCAAGCCAUCAACUCCCUCGGUCUCCUUUCUGCGCGCCAGACAAUGGCCGCAGUGGAGUGUCUUUCCUUGAUCGUUGCCAACGCACUCUACACAGGGUGCCAGGGUGUGGAUCUUCGUACACUCCACCGCACUUUCAUUGCAGAUCUGGAGGAGCCUGCCCGUCAGCUUAUCGCAGGCCUCUUCCCUGAUACUCAUGAUCUUGUGAGAAAGGAAAGAUUCUUCACCACCUUCUGGAAGAAAUUUGAGGCCGCUUGGUAUGAUGCUGCAUUAUAUGAUGCUCCCGAAAGAUCCCACAAGGCUGCACAGUCACUGGUCAUUGCUGUCUUUUCCAACACCCAGCAGAUCCCUACGAUCGUUUCUGUCGAGACAGUGACGAUCUUGGCCAAGUCCUUCGAGACUCUCAUUCUCGAAUCAUACCUGCGCCACCGCGAUGAAUUCUUCCAAAAGCAAACAACACCGGAGUAUCUUGGUCAAGGUACGAAGGCUAUCUAUCUUUUCGUUCGAGAGAAGCUGGGCGUGCCCCUGCACCGGGGUCUCGUGGAGCAUCCUGUGGCAGGAGACAAGCAAGGAAAUGUGAUCGAUGGCCGUCCCAAGAGGACCAUUGGCUCUUGGGUGUCUAUCAUUUACGAGGCUGUUCGGGAUGGGUCAUUGUAUGCUGAAGUGUUUCGGUUUUUGGAAGUCAGUGGUGGAUUAAGUGUGGCAGGUGGUAUUCAUGGAAUCAAGGCUACGAAUGGGUUGGCUGGAAAUGGUACUCACUAG